AUGGCUAUGGAAGCUAAUGACAAACGAAGCUUUUCAACUAACAAAAUGAGUGAUGAAGGAGACAUUGAUGUUAUUGAUAGUGUCGACGUUGGGAAAAUCCAUGACCCAGAAAAAAAUUGUGAAAAGAAAUUAGAUGAAAAUUCUCAAAUUCCCAUGAUUGCGGCGGCCGUCAGUACAAGAGACAAUCCGAUGCUACCGUGCUUAACUUUUCGAUUUUGGGUAUUAAGUAGCUUCUUCACGAUAUUAGGAGCCACGCUAUCGGAAUUUUAUUACUUUCGUCCGAAUGGUGGCGUUUAUUCCAUGUUUUUUGUAUUACUGGUCUCGUAUAUCUUGGGAAUAUGGAUGGAAAAAGUCCUACCUACACGAAAAUUUCAAUUUAAAAACUGGAAAUUUAGUCUUAAUCCUGGCCCUUUCAAUGUAAAGGAACACGUGUGCAUAUUUGUUGCGGCUGGUGCGGGUGGUGGAUCUGCAUAUGCUACGGAUAUUAUUGCUAUACAAGAUCUUUUCUAUAAUACCAAAGUUAAUUUUUUAAAUGGAUUUAUGUUGUUAAUGAGCACACAAAUCCUUGGAUAUGGGCUCGCUGGAUUUCUUCGUAAAUUCUUGGUUCGUCCUGCUAAUAUGAUAUGGCCUUCAAAUCUUGUCUACGCAUCCAUGUACAACACGUUACAUGGUAAUGCUUCGGAAACACGUGACAAGAUUCGGUUUUUCGCUACUGCCUUUACUGCUAUGUUUGUUUGGCAAUUUGUCCCACAAUACAUGUUUACUUGGUUGACCAGCAUGGCUCUCUUGUGUCUUAUUGCUCCGUAUAGCAAAACAAUUAAACAAUUAGGAAGUGGGUAUCACGGUGUUGGCAUUCUUAAUAUCUCAUUAGAUUGGAAUUCUAUUGGACAAAUUGGUCCCUUAUUCACCCCAUGGUGGGCUCAGGUGAAUUUUUACUGUGGUGUUAUCCUUGGUGCAUGGAUUAUCACACCAUUGGCGUAUUACUAUAAUGUCUUUGAUGCAAAAAAAUUUCCAUUACUUGCUACUUAUUCAUUGGAUAAAGAUGGUCAAAGUCCAGUAUACCUAUCCAUUACAUUCGCCCUUUCUUACCUUUACGCUUUUAUCACUCUUACUGCGGUACUAAGUCACGUGGUCUUGUUUUACGGUAAAGAAAUUUGGGAGCGAUUCAAGGCUAGUCGUGAGGAAGAGCAAGAGGAUAUUCAUUGCAAGUUGAUGAAUAAUUAUGCAGAAAUAUCAAAUACUUGGUACGCGUCAAUUUUUAUUGUCAUGUUAACAAUUGCAAUGAUUCUCUGCUAUACAACCGAUGCAAAUUUACCUUGGUGGGGAUUAUUAAUGGCGAUUUUUUUGGCCAUAUGCAUGGUGCUUCCCGUAGGCGUUAUCCAAGCUAUCUCAAAUAAUCAAAUCGGUUUAAAUGUGCUAACCGAAAUGGUGUGUGGUUAUAUUUUACCUGGUCGUCCAAUUGCCAAUAGCAUGUUUAUAUCCCAAUUAUGGGGUACAGUUCUUGGUGGAUUUGUAAAUUAUUGGGUAUUGAAUCUCAUAAUUGCAACAAAAAGACCUUUUCUUGAUGGCACAUUAAGUGAUCCAACUGGUCAAUGGACAGGAUAUGCAUCUCAAAUGUUCAACACUGCAUCUAUAGUAUGGGGAUUGGUUGGGCCUGCAAAGACUUUUGGACGUGAUUCAAUGUACAGCAUACUCCUUUGGGGUUUUCUUAUUGGUGUUUUUGCUCCAAUACCAUUUUACCUACUUCAUCGAAAAUACCCGAAGGCUAGAUUUGAUCUUGUGAAUAUACCACUAAUAUGUUAUGGAUUAGGUGUAAUUCCUGGGACUUAUACAAAUUUUAUAACUACCGGAUUUAUUGCUAGUUUUUUAAGUCAGUAUUACGCGUAUCGGUACAAAACUCGGUUGUGGACAAAGUAUAACUAUGUAUUAUCGGCAGCAUUUGAUAGCGCUGCACAAAUUGCAACAAUGACUAUUUUCUUUUGUCUCAAUGGUGUUGUUAAGAUGCCGUUUCCAGAGUGGUGGGGUAACGAUAGGAUUUCUCAAGGAGAACGUUGUUUUAACAAUGAGUAA